AUGGUGGAGUACAUUGGAGUUCUCAAGGUGAAGGUCAUAAAAGGCACAGAUCUAGCCAUUAGAGACAUCCGUACGAGCGACUCAUAUGUUGUUUUAGCUCUUGGGCAUCAAGUGAAGAUCAUCUAUAAUUUUUUUGCAUCCUUUCCUACAGUUUUCUGUCAGCAUGGCAAUAGGCAUAUCAAAAUAUUUGUGGGCGAUAUUUAUCUUCCUCAGAUGGUAUUUUUUUUCUUUUAUUGAUGAUGACUUCUUAGGCUUUGGUUGCUGCAAAGUGUGCAAACUAGUGUUGUGAAGAGCAAUUUAAACCCAAAUUGGAAUGAGGAGCUUCAAUUGUCAGUCCCUCAAGGUUAUGGAACCCUGAAACUAGUGUGACUUAGGGUUCGAGAGAUUUUUGUGGCCGAGUUUAUCUCCAUUAUUUCUGUCUUUACUUCAAUUCACCAAGAGAAUUAACAUAUUAUGAAAUAUUUUUUCUUCAUUCUACGUUUGAGGAUUCACCUGUCUUAGUCUAGAGACUUUCUAGUGCAUUAAAAUCCAAGUAUCACCCAUCAUCCAGAUGAUGUUGAGCUAGACAUGAUAUAGUGAGAGGAAGUUCGCAUUGGGGAUUGAAGAUCUUUAUCGCUAUUAUUAUUAAAAUUAUCUGAUAUAGGCUUUGUUGAUCACAUCUUUAAUCUGUAAAUCACCAUCCUUCCAUCUUUAAGUUGAGCCAAGAAUCCAAUUAUGAGAAUAAAGCAGCCACGUAACAUUUAUUUCAUCUGAUGUGAUGUAUUUUUUCUAUGCAGCGAGUGUUUGACUAUGAUACUUUCUCAACCGAUGGCAUAAUAGGUGAAGUAGAGGUGGACCUUCAGCCAAUGAUAACAUCUGUCAUGGCAUUUGGGGAUGCUGAACUACUUGUUGACAUGCAGAUUGAAAAAUUGUUGAAGUCUGAGGACAAUGCUCUUGUUGAUGACAACACCAUCAACAUAAUCAACGGCAAGGUGAGGCAGGAUGUCUCUCUUAAGCUUCAGAAUGUGGAGUCAUGA